AGAAGGCCACGUUAAAAUGGUGCUGGAGUUACUACAUGGAGGCAUCGAUGUGGAAACCCAGACUAAGAAAGGCAACACAGCUCUGCACAUUGCUGCCCUGGCUGGGCAGGAGCAAGUGGUGGCAGAGCUGGUAAAUUACGGGGCCAACGUCAAUGCCCAGUCCCAGGUGAGACCCCAGCCAGUGUCGGAAGAGACCCCGACCCCCCUGGCAGAGCCCCCUGCAGAGGAGCCACCAGCCACAACGGAUAACCAUACAAAGGGCUUCACUCCGCUCUACAUGGCCUCACAAGAGAAUCAUCUAGAAGUUGUGAAGUUCCUUUUGGAGAACGGGGCCAAUCAAAGCCUUCCCACUGAGGAUGGCUUCACCCCUCUUGCCGUGGCUCUUCAGCAGGGACAUGAGAAUGUCGUGGCCCUGCUCAUCAACUAUGGCACCAAGGGAAAAGUCCGUCUCCCCGCGCUGCACAUAGCGGCGCGGAAUGAUGACACGCGCACAGCUGCCGUGCUUCUACAGAAUGACCCUAACGCAGACGUCCUGAGCAAGACAGGCUUCACACCGCUUCAUAUCGCUGCACACUACGAGAACCUGAGCGUAGCCCAACUGUUGCUCAACAGAGGAGCCAAUGUCAACUUCACCCCUAAGAAUGGCAUCACACCUUUGCACAUCGCAUCCAGGAGGGGGAAUGUGAUCAUGGUACGACUCCUGCUGGACCGAGGGGCACAGAUUGAUGCCAAGACCAAGGAUGAGUUGACUCCACUGCACUGUGCAGCCAGGAACGGACACGUGAGGAUCAUUGAGAUCCUACUGGACCAAGGGGCUCCCAUCCAGGCCAAGACCAAGAACGGCCUGUCUCCCAUCCACAUGUCAGCACAGGGGGACCACAUGGACUGUGUGAGACAACUCCUGCAAUACAACGCUGAGAUUGAUGACAUCACACUGGACCACCUGACCCCCCUGCAUGUGGCAGCCCACUGUGGGCACCACCGCAUGGCCAAAGUGCUGCUGGACAAGGGAGCCAAACCCAACUCCCGUGCACUGAAUGGUUUCACUCCGCUUCACAUUGCCUGUAAGAAGAACCACAUGCGUGUGAUGGACCACCUGCUCAAACACUCAGCGUCCCUAGAGGCUGUGACAGAGUCUGGCCUGACUCCUCUACAUGUGGCCUCGUUCAUGGGCCACCGCAAAAUAGUCACCCAUCUGGUACAGAAGGGGGCUUCUCCCAGUGCUUCCAAUGUAAAAGUGGAGACUCCUCUCCACAUGGCAUGUAGAGCAGGACACUAUGAGGUGGCAGAGUUCUUACUGACCAAUGCAGCACCAGUAGACGCCAAGGCCAAGGAUGACCAGACACCUCUCCACUGUGCGUGUCGGAUGGGCCACAAGGAGCUGGUCACUCUGCUGCUGGAACACAAGGCCAACCCCAACUCCACCACCACAGCCGGACACACACCCCUCCACAUCGCUGCCCGUGAGGGACACACUCAGACUACACGCAUCCUACUGGACAUGGAGGCCCAGCAGACCAAGAUGACCAAGAAAGGCUUCACUCCUCUCCAUGUGGCUUCUAAAUAUGGCAAAGUGGACGUGGCAGAGCUGCUGCUGGAGAGAGGGGCCAACCCCAACGCUGCUGGCAAGAAUGGUCUGACUUCUCUUCAUGUGGCUGUCCAUCAUGACAACCUGGACGUGGUUAACCUGCUGGUCAGCAAGGGAGGCUCCCCACACAGUGCAGCUAGGAAUGGCUACACCCCUCUCCACAUAGCGUCGAAGCAGAACCAGGUGGAGGUUGCCAACAGCCUGCUGCAGUACGGCGCCUCGGCCAAUGCUGAAUCCCUCCAGGGGGUCACGCCCCUUCACCUGGCAGCUCAGGAGGGCCGGCCUGACAUGGUGGCCCUGCUCAUCUCCAAACAGGCCAACGUCAACCUGGGGAACAAGAGUGGACUGACUCCUCUCCACCUGGUGGCACAGGAAGGCCACGUGGGCAUCGCUGACAUCCUGGUGAAGCAAGGGGCAUCAGUGUAUGCUGCCACACGGAUGGGAUACACCCCUCUCCAUGUUGCCUGUCACUAUGGCAAUGUAAAGAUGGUGAAGUUCCUCCUGCAGCAGCAGGCCAAUGUCAACAGCAAGACCAAGGUUGGUUACACUGCACUGCACCAGGCAGCCCAACAGGGCCACACAGAUAUCGUCACCUUACUGCUCAAACAUGGAGCCCCACCCAACGAGGUCACCACUAACGGUACGUCAGCCCUGUCCAUCGCCAAGCGUUUGGGGUACAUCUCCGUAAUCGACGUUCUCAAACUGGUCACAGAGGAGACGGUUUCCAUUACCACCACAGAGAAACAUCGGAUGAGUUUCCCGGAAACAGUGGAUGAGAUAUUGGACGUAUCAGAGGAUGAAGGAAUUGCACAGCUAACAAUGGGGGAGGAGCUUUUGGGGACGGAAGGAGCCAGGUACAUGAAGAUGGAUGACUUAAAGGACCAUGAUGACGAUUUCCUGUCACCCAAGAAAUCAAUGGAUAACUACUCGCCUGCCAUUCCCAGGAUCCCUUGUGUAUCCCCAGAGACGGUCAUCCUGAAGGAGCAUGACAUGGAGCAGGUACACACUCCAAUGCCAUUACAAAAAGAUUACGAUGAAGACUCCCUAAUCCCCAGCAGUCCAGCUACAGAGACCUCUGACAACGUCAGUCCUGUGGCCAGCCCCAUACACACAGGGUUCCUGGUGAGUUUCAUGGUGGAUGCUCGGGGCGGCUCGAUGCGAGGCAGCAGACAUAACGGCCUGCGUGUCAUCAUCCCUCCACGGACCUGUGCCGCCCCCACACGGAUCACCUGUCGUCUGGUCAAGCCCCAGAAACUCACCACUCCUCCCCCCCUGGUGGAGGGAGAGGGCUUAGCCAGCCGUAUCAUAUCACUGGGCCCAGCCAGCAUGCAGUUCCUAGGGCCUGUGAUCGUGGAGAUCCCUCACUUUGCUGCUCUGGGUCGAGGGGACCGGGAGCUGGUGGUGCUGAGGAGUGAGAACGGCUCUGUCUGGAAGGAACACCGCAAUCGCUAUGGCGACGAUGUGCUGGAGACUAUCCUCAAUGGGAUGGAUGAAGAGCUGGAGAGCCAGGAGGAGCUUGGGAAGAAGCGUAUCCGACGAAUCAUCUCCACUGACUUCCCCCUCUACUUUGCUGUGGUGUCGCGCGUCCAGCAGGAGAGCGAUCUGAUUGGCCCAGAGGGGGGUCAGCUGACCAGUAAACUGGUACCGUUGGUCCAGGCUUCGUUCCCUGAGACAGCGGUCACCAAGCGAGUCCGUCUGGGCCUGCAGGCCCAACCAGUCCCAGACGAGCUGGUUGCCAAGCUGCUGGGUAACCAGGCAACCUUCAGCCCUGUGGUGACUGUGGAGCCACGGCGACGCAAGUUCCACCGGCCCAUCGGCCUGUGCAUCCCCCUACCCCCCUCCUGGAGAGAUAGCCCCCGGGACUCUGGAGAGGGGGACACUACCAGCCUCCGCCUGCUCUGCAGUGUCAUCGGUGGCACAGCCUCAGCCCAGUGGGAGGACAUCACAGGCACCACCAAGCUCAUAUAUAGCAAAGACUGUGCCAACUUCACAACCAAUGUGUCAGCACGGUUCUGGCUGGCUGACUGUCCCCGGACAGCCGAGGCCAUGUCUUURGCCAACCUCCUGUACCGGGAGCUCUCAGCCGUGCCCUACAUGGCCAAGUUUGUGGUGUUUGCCAAGAUGAACGAGGUCCGUGAGGGCCGCCUGCGCUGCUACUGCAUGACUGAUGACAAGAUGGACAAAACCCUGGAGCAACACGAGAACUUCAGCGAGGUGGCCCGCAGUCGCGAUAUCGAGGUGAUGGAGGGUAUGCCGCUGCACCUGGAGUGUUCUGGGAACCUGGUCCCAGUGAGGAAGGCUACACAGCAGCCUCGCUGUUUCAGCUUCCAGGCCUUCAGAGACAAUAGACUCCCCGUCUCUGUCAAGGUGAGAGAUAGUAGCAAAGAUCACUCCGGAUUCCUGUCCUUCCUGCGAAAGUCUACCAAGUACGAAGACAGCCAACAUGUGCUGUGCAACCUCAAUAUUACCAUGCCUCUGUGUAUCAAGGCUGCUGGGAGUGAAGACCGGAGGCGAACUCUGACCCCAUUAGCCCUGCGAGAGAGAUACAGCGCCCUGAAUGAGCCUGCCAUGGGUAAAGCAUCAAUGAGUGCCAUGGAAAAGACAGAGCUGAAGAUGGCUUUGAUAGCUGAACAGUUGGGACUGAGCUGGGCUGAGCUGGCGAGGGAGCUACAGUUCAGUGUAGAUGACAUUAAUAAGAUCCGUGUGGAGAAUCCUAACUCCCUAUUGGAGCAGAGUUCUGCCCUGCUCAGCCUAUGGGCCACCUGUGAGGGCAAGAGAGCCAAUAUGGAGAGUUUGUACACAGCUCUGAAGAGCAUUGACCGGAUGGACAUAGUAAACAUGUUGGAGGGCCAGGGGCCACAGCCUGCAGGGAGGCAGGCCCGGGAGCCAAGCAGACACAGACACAACGAGAGCGACCACAUCUCCCCCAGCCUGACCAAUGGUUACGGGGUAUUGCAGGAGGAGCUGCUCUCCCCUCCUUCCAUGCAGUACAGCCUGCCCUCCCCGCUAGGCAACGAGCCCUACUGGCAGGAAGUCUCCAGUCUGGAGUGUGCUCCCAUGGCCAUCACAGAGGAGGACACACUCAUGGAGAUGUCCGAUGUGCAGGUGUGGCCCUCGGGCAACARCCCCUCCCUAGUGGCCGUGGAGGACUCCUCACUGGAGUGCAGCAAUGCUGACGACUCGGAGGGGCUGCUGGGGCUGCCGUACGGGAGCCUGGGCCYGCCGGGCAGUAGGGCUAGCGGAGAGGGAGGGGGGCUGAGUGGCUCCAUGGAGCUGGUGGAAGACAACUCAGAGAUGGGGGCUGUUGACUCGUUCAGCACCGCCACCCCUGCCACCCCUGCUUCGUUCAGCACAGCCACCCCUGCCACCCCUUCUUCGUUCGGAGGCACCAUCGCCGCCAUGUUAUACAACGUUAAAGGUCUGGAGAAGGGUCAAGGGUCAAAAGUCGUGAAGUCAGAGGCAGCAGCGGUCAGAGGCAACUUGGCAGGUGGAGYUGGAGCUGGAGUUGAAGGAGGAAGAGGAGGAGGGACAGGCUCAGAGGAAGGGCUUUCUCUUGUUGCAGGACAACAGCAGCGAGUGCACACCCGGCUGAGCAAGUCGCCCGGUCUGAGCCGCGUGGCUGAUCGUAAUGGAGACAGGUGAGUGUGUCCUCAGACCUAAGUCAGUCAGCAGCUCAGCUGGACACAGCACUGGCCAGACAGGGGGUAGUCCAGACACUCACKUCUGAGACUGAGCCUUAGGACACUUCAAUGUUGCCAUGUUUCCUAACCUAAUAAUACAAUAUUUAGUUUUAGUAACAGAGUGUCUAUGAAGGACUAUUAGUCAGCUUUUGUUUGACACACACAUUUGACCCACAUUGGCCUCUCUCUGCUCCUUUCACUCUUUUGUCUCUUCUCCUCUCACUUGUCCUCU